AUGCACCUCCCGCCCACAGGCGCGAUCUACGCCAUUUACUACACUGGACUUGCAGUCUUCGCAAUCCCAGUCAAUUUAACAGCGAUUGUGAUCCUGUCGCGAGGAAAGUGCGGUCUCUCCAAAUGUAUCUCUCGGUACCUGCUGUCCAUGUCGGUGACGGAUCUCCUGGUUAUUAUCACGGCAGUGUUACUAAACCGGGUUCCUGGCAUUUAUUUCCCAGGUACAUUCCUGUCCAUUACUCCCGUAUGUAGUCUAAGCAUCGCACUCAUCUAUGCGGUCAGAGAUUGUUCCGUCUGGUUAACCGUCUCUUUCACCUUUGAUCGGUUUGUGGCCAUUUGCUGCCAGAAACUGAAAACAAAAUAUUGCACCGAAAGGACGGCAGCCGUGGUCAUCGGAACAGUUUGUGUCUUGGGCUGCCUCGUCAACAUUCCCUGGUACUUCUUACACGAACCGGUCUACAUAAUUGACAACGUCCCUUGGUAUUGCAAAAUGAAAGAUCUGCGAUAUUCCUCGCCCAUGUGGGCAGCUUUUCAUUGGCUCGACCGCAUUUUAACCCCUUGCCUCCCGUUCUUCCUCGUGCUUCUGUUCAACGUUUUGACCGUCAGACACAUUCUCGCGGCGAGUCGAGCCCGGAAGAGGCUCCGUGCACAGAGUAACGGGGAGAAACAGAAAGACCCGGAGAUGGAGAGCCGGAGGAAGUCCAUCGUGUUACUCUUUGCCAUCUCUUGCAGUUUCAUCCUUCUAUGGUUGACGUAUGUCGUCUAUUUCAUCUACGACCGAUUUACCGUCGAUAAAAUCCUUAGUUUUCCUGUAUUGAUUGCCGCAGAAUGUGCGAAUAUGUUUCAGCUUUUGAGUUCUUGUACAAACACGUUCAUUUAUGCAGUGACUCAGAGCAAAUUCAGAGAGCAAUUAAAGAUGUUUGUGUUAUCUCCUCUGACUUUAAUACGUAAACUUGUUUCGCGUUGA